AUGGCCCCAGAGACUCACAUGCCAGACCCCAUGUGCCUCAUUGAGAAUGUGAAAGGGCAACUGAGAGCCAAUCAGAAAGCUCUGGAGAUCCUGUCCACCAUCACACAGCCUGUGGUGGUGGUGGCAAUUGUGGGCCUCUAUCGCACAGGCAAAUCCUACCUGAUGAACAGGCUGGCUGGGAAGAGAACAGGCUUCUCUCUGGGCUCCACUGUGCAGUCUCACACCAAAGGCAUCUGGAUGUGGUGUAUGCCUCAUCCCAGGAAAGCAGACCACACCCUAGUUCUGCUUGACACUGAGGGCCUGGGAGAUGUGGAGAAAAGUGACAACCAGAAUGACUGCUGGAUCUUUGCCCUGACUAUACUUCUAAGCAGUACCUUUGUCUACAACAGCAUGGGAGCCAUCAACCAGCAGGCCAUGGACCAGCUACAAUAUGUGACAGAGCUGACAGACCGGAUCAGAACAGCAUCCUCACCUCAUAGUAAUGACGUUGAGGCUUCAGCUGAGUUUGUGAGCUUCUUCCCUGACUUCGUGUGGACUCUGAGGGAUGUGACCAUAAGCCUGGAAGCAGAUGGACAAACGCUCACAGCAGAUGAGUACCUCGAGAAUUCCCUGAAGCUCAAGCAAGGUGCCAGUGAAGAAGAUAAAAAUUACAACCUGCCUCGACUCUGUAUUCGAAAGUUCUUCCCCAAGAAGAAAUGUUUUGUCUUCUAUCCACCCACUGACUGGAAGAAGCUCUCUGAGCUGGAGAGCCUGCAUGACGAUGAGUUGGAUUCUGACUUUGUGAAACAGGCAGAAGAUUUCCGUUCCUUCAUCUUCAGCUCUUCUAAGGUUAAAACUCUGCCAGGAGGCAUCAAGGUCAAUGGAGCUCGACUAGCGAAACUGGUGCUCACAUACAUCAAUGCCAUCAGAAGUGGGUAUCUGCCCUGCAUGGAAAACGCAGUCCUGGCCUUGGCCAAGAUAGAGAACUCAGCAGCAUUACAAAAGGCCAUCAUCCACUAUGACCAGCAGAUGAGCCAGAGUGUGCAGCUCCCCACAGAGACCCUCCAGGAGCUGCUGGACCUGCAUAGGACCUGUGAGAGAGAGGCCAUGGAAAUUUUCCUUAGGACUUCCUUUAAAGAUGAAGAUCAUUCAUUUAAAAAAGAUUUACUGGCUCAACUAGAUAAGAAGUGGACUGGCAUCUGUAAUGAGAAUAUGAAAGUGUCAUCUGCUCGUUGCUCAGAGUUACUUCGAGGUAUCUUCAGCCCUCUGGAAGAAGCAGUGACAAAGGGCGCUUAUUCUCAGCCAGGAGGAUAUCUUCUCUUUGUUGAGAAGAGAGACGAGCUGAAGAAAAGGUAUCUUCAGGAACCCAAGAAGGGGAUACAGGCUGAAGAGAUUCUGCAGGCAUACUUGCAGUCCAAUGCAGCUAUGGCUGAGGCACUUCUACACAGAGACCAGGCUCUCACAGUAAUGCAAAAGGAGCUUGAAGUGGAACAAGCAAAAGCUGAGUCUGCACAGGCUACUGUAAAAAUGUUGGAGGAAAUGGAAAAGAAGCAUGCACAGAUGAUGAAGGAGAAAGAAAGGUGUCAUCAGGAACGAGUAAGGCAGUUGACUGAGACGAUGGAGAGGGAGAGAGCUCAGUUAGUGGAGGAGCAAGAGAGGAUUCUGACCCUUAAACUGCAGGAACAGGAACAACUGCUCAAAGAGGGGUUGAAAGAGGAGAGUAGAAUGCUGCAAAAUGAGAUUCAGCUUAUGGAGAAAAGAAACAAGGAAAAAGGUACUUUGUCUACAUCUUAUCAUAAUUCAUGA